AUGGAAAUAGCGAAGGUGCUUCACAUGAUUGGUGGAGUUGGGGAAACAAGCUACGAUAACGACUCCUCGACUCCGAGAAAGCUGACAUCGAUGACGGGGCCCAUUGCGAAGGAAGCCAUAACCGCCCUCUACUCAAGCAUCUCGCCUAGCCCAUCAACCCUCGGGAUAGCGGAUCUGUGGCGCUCUGCAGGCGCGAACGCAUUAUUUUCAGUCUCUGAGCUGAUCAAAGCCGUGGAGAACAUGAGACACAAUAAUAAUGAGCCUCUCGCAUCCCAGAUCUUCUUAAAUGACCUUCCGGGAAUCGACUUCAACCCUGUCUUCAGGGCACUGCCAAAAUUUCAAAAGGAGAAAGGCCGAUGUUUCUUUGCCGGGGUUCCAGGCUCCUUCCAUGACAGACUCUUCCCCAACAAAUUUUUACAUUUUAUUCACUCUUCCUAUAUUCUCCGAUUUCUCUCUCAGGUUCCUGAGGGAAUAGAGUGCAACAAAGGGAACAUAUCCAUGGCGAGCAAUAGCCCUCCAAGAGUAAUUGAUGCUUGUCACCGACAGUUUCAGAAUGAUUUCUUGGCAUUCCUAAAGAAUCGUGCCCAGGAGCUGGUGCCGGGAGGACGCAUGGUCAUAACGUUCAUGGGCAGACGAGGCAAGGAUCCAUGGAAUCCAGAGUGGGAGCUCCUGGCAGCGGCUCUCAAUGAGAUGGUCUCGGAGGGACUAAUUGAAGAGGAGAAGGUGGACAUGUUCAAUAUCCUACAUUACAAACCCUGCCCUUCAGAUGUGGAGGCAGAGGUAUUGAAAGAAGGGUCUUUCUCCAUCGACCGUCUGGAGGUCUCAGGACCGGAUUGGAUUGCUAUCGAUAAGGAAUUUGGUCAAAGGAGCAACCGUGAGGACGAGGAGGUGGGAGUAUAUGGCACGAUGAGGUGCAUGAGAGCUGUUGCUGAGCCCAUGUUGAUCAGCCACUUCGGUGAAGGGAUCAUGGAGGACUUGUUCCAUCGUUACAGGCUUGUGAUCAUCCAACAAAUCGCGAAGGAGAAAACUGAGCUCAUCAAUGUCACUGUCUCCCCCACAAGGAGGCCAGCAUGAGAGAAAAAGAAUUGAAGAUUAUGAAUUGCAGCGCUCACGAAACUUUGCUUGAGGGGGGAAUAUUAGAAAACCAAAGACUAGAAAUCAGUGUUAUCAUAAUUGGAUCAGACCGGGCGAUUCGACCGGUCAAACUGAAAAUCGAAUCUAUAUUUGAUCUGAUUAGUUUAAAAACCGAAAAUACAUAAAAAGGUUGAUGAACCCAAAAAAUUGGCAAUUUUUAGACAAAUCCAUUCAAACCAACCGGUUGAUGGGUUCAAGAUUGUUUAAAGGAAAUCCUUUGAUUCCCCCCGAAAUCCGAAAAUGAGCAGGGCACUGAUUUCACGAAACGGUGAAAACUGAAACCCUAGUCCUCAAUCUUCACCCUUCAAUUCCAUCAUCGACUCAUCAGUGACUUCAGUUCGAGGCCGAGCUUCCUCUUCUCCUUCGAGCACGCAAGAUUGCAACAGGUUCGAAUCGAGCUUCCUCUUCUCUUUUUGUCUCUUCUCGGCUUCUCCUUGUGAAGUUGGAUUAAUCCGCAUCCUCCUCCUCCUACUUCAAUAUCACCUGUAGCAAUUUGCGCCUCAAGGACAAGCCAGAGUCCAAACGCAGCAGAGCGAUGACCUAGGAGUGGAUUCCUCAUCGGCAGGGGGACAGGAGACGACCAUCUCGAAGCACAUCAGCCCCUGAAACGGCAGGGGGCUAGAGUCCAAACGCAGCAGAGCUUCCUCUUCUCCUUCAAGGCACAUCUUCACCUACAAGCAAGGCACGGUUUGAGCUUCCUCUUCUCAUUUGCUUGCUGUAGCUGGACCAAUUUUUAAAUUUAAUUGUGGUAACUGGUAAGUUUUGCUUGCAGUGAUCUCUUAGUUCCCAAGAGAUCAACAUAUUUAAGUUUCUUUUGACAGAAGUAGCGUUUAUAUCAGAAACAAUUCUAGGCUUCAUUUA